GCCCAAAUCACUUCUCUGCCGAACACUUGCAGCCCGCAUUCCGCCUCUGCCGUUGAAGUGAGUGGGUGCGCAAGCGGGAGGAAAGAGUGGAACUGUACGAUGAAGCAGGUCUGAAAUUGAUCAGGGGGGGUACCGCUGCCUUUGCUACAGAAGAGUCAUACUGGAUUGUAAAGAUGCUGGACGUGACCCUAGUGAGAUGCUUACAGCUGUGUGUCUCUGUGACACUGGUGUCCAGACUUGAAGGCAGGGUUUCGGCGCCAGCGCGGGUGGAGGCGGUGGUGGGCAAGCCCUUCACGCUGAGCUGCACGCUGGUGAAGAAGGGCACGGGCGACUCCGUGACCCAGGUGCGCUGGUUGGACCCCAAGAACCAGACGCUGAUCGCCUACCAGCCCGGACGCAAGGACACUGUGAGCGGGCAGCAGCACGUGGAGCUGGUCUCCUCCCCCGGGGACUCCAGCCAAAUCAGCAUCAAGCGGGUCAGUUACCGUGACGAGGGCUGCUACACCUGCACCUUCGACGUCUACCCCUCCGGCGCCAGAGAAGGGACCACUUGCCUCACGGUCACAGGGGUCGUGACCCACGGUGGCAACAAGACGGCGGUGAGUGGUAAGAUGGCGACCCUCAACUGCCACUUCGGCCUGCCGGAGAAGGUGCAGCAGGUGCUGUGGAGGAGGAGGUUGGCAGGGCCGCCGGUGGAGUGGCAAGACGUGGUGUCCUUCGUCCCGGAGGGCGAGCCUGAGACCAAGGAGGAGUACCAGGACAGGGCGACGGUCUCGUCCUCCCUGGCAGACUCAGAGCUGUCUCUGAGGCCCGUGCGAGUGGAGGACGAGGGGUGCUACUCCUGUGAGUUCCACACGUACCCAGACGGAACCAAGAGCAGCACUGUCUGCCUGACCAUCUACGUCCUGCCCAAGCCUCAGGUGAGCUACAAGACCACGUCGCCGGGGGUGAUCGAGGCUAACUGCACGGCCAUUUCAAGGCCGGCGUCAGAGAUCGUCUGGAACGUGGAGGGCAACAACCGAACUAUGGGCGCCCCGGUGAACUCGGUCCAGCCGCUAGACGACGGAACCACGCAGGUCAUCAGCACGCUCGUGGUGCAGUCGGGGCUGCUGAAGGACGUGUCCGUCAAAUGUCUGGUCCACCACAAGGGCCUGGAGUCGGCUAUAGCCGUGUCGAUGAACACUAAGAUUGGGACUGCUCUUACCAUCCUGAUCUCCGUGACGACAGUAGCCUUCCUGCUGGUCCUGUCCCUGUGUUUCUGCCUGUGGAAAUGCUUCUUGCGCAAAGAAGUUGACUGAGCUGCACGACCGGUUGGCAUCCAGGAGUGAAGGAGGUUGACUGUGGCUUCAUCACAUGUGCAGUCAACAGUGCCUGUGACUGCAAACCCAGCUUGACUGAUUACCUGAACUGUCAAGACUACGUGAAUUAAUGUUAGUCCAUGUCCAUGUGGCCUGAAGACCGAACGCAUAUCAGGAAUGGAACGGAAAACAGCUUGGCAGAUGAAAGAUUAGAGAGGCCUCCUUUCCGUGAAGAGGAAAAACAAAACAAUCCAUCUGGAAGUUUCUCUGCUCAAGAAAAGGAACUAUCCAACUAUCAAAAUGAAAAAGGAACUCCAUGAUACAUUACCCUCUCAUAUAGCAAGCUAACAAAAGAUGUAACAUCAAAUAGCCUGUUCGUUGUUUCUAUAGUUACCAGCUCUUUUUCAGCCACUGAGUAUGACAUAACCGCUUGGGAGAGUUGGUAAGAUAGUGGUGGAUCCACGGGGGGCACAGGUAUCUAUGGACUAUUUCCGACAAUGUUGACGCGUCAUUCCUUCACUGUGUUAAACGUAUCACAAGACACUACUCACUGCCACUCAACAGGGUUAUGUUCAGUGAAAAACGUGCUUCCCUCGCCAUUAUUGUAAAAAGAAAUUAUAACACGACUGUCUUUCAUUCAUCUUAAUACCUGCUCGUUUAACAUCCUGCUAUAAAUAUUUACAGAGCAGUUGCAAGUAACUUUUUUUCACUAGGUAUAUGUUUAUCGCUUUUGUGCAGCAUAUGAGGACAUUUUAGAUAGACGUGACAGAAAUCCAUAAAACAGUCCAUUAAUAAUCAUCACUAGAUCAUUGGCACCUCAUUCAACCUCUGCCUGUGUUGCACUGCAUUACACACCCAUUAGAGGAGGCUAUGCUACACGCUACACUACCCUGGCUGUCUCCACUGACUCUAUGCUCUGACUAAGCCCACGGCCCUUGUGCAGAGGUCAUGAGGUAAUGAGGUCACGAGGUCGUGUCUACUGGUCACGCUGAUACAGCAGUGUGAGGUGAUAGGGUUCAGUGUGCUUGGCUUGGCCAUGGUGGGCUCUCUGGACAGAAUGCAUUACCAACCCAAUGUUUCGCUUCAGCACUGAAAAUGCACAGCAUGAGGGCCUGCGUGGUUUCAUGAUUCGGUGCAAACUUCUGGAUGAUGGGACUACUUUGUGUGUGUGUGUGAGUGUGUGCAGGUUUGUGUGUGCAUGCUUUUAAGUAAUAUGAGUGUGUGUGCCAGGUUAUUAGUACAUUUUAUGCACUUUGUGUGUGUGUGUAUGUGUGUCUUUGUGAGCACUGUACUUUGUGUGCUUGUGUGUGUGUGUGUCUAAGCAGGUACCUGGUUCAGCUCUUUCAGUAAAAGUGUACUAGGGUGUCCAUAAUAAUCAUAAUCAUAAUCACCAUUCUGCACUUACAUAAAUACUCACUUUCUGAAGGGAAUUCAAUUAUGGAGAUAAACAACAAAUAACACCUUCACUCUCUCACAAUGCACUAAAGAUGGUGGACUUCGCUGUUUUGGAUUGUCAAGAUUAAAUGAAGACAGCAAGUGUGGCUGAAGUCUUUCUGUUGACCCCGCACAUAUAAAAGUGUCCUCGCUCCUGCCUGGUAUGUUAGUGGCCUGUACCAGCUUUGAUCCAAUGAGAUGUAGCUGAGGCACAUGACUUGGGAGAUAAGCAGAAAUAAUCUGCCGUUCUUUGUAAUGCACAUUUUCUCUGUGUUAUAUUUUGUAUUUUUUGUCACAGUGAGAAUGUUACACAUUUGAUAUCAACUUUAAUGCAUAAUGUUCCUUCGGUCUCACUCUGAUCUGCAUGAAGGGCGGAGGUCAAUUUGUUGACCUCUUAGAAAUGGACAGGCUUUGCAGCAGUAUGGAGAAGCAGAUGAAGGGUGUGAACGCCAGAUGCUAUGGCUCUGAAGGACUGUCAGCUGAUGUACCACUCACUCACUCACAUACGUCUCUAGCAGUGCAGUAACUCUUAUCACUACCAUCCAGCAUUAAAGUACAUACUGUGAAGAGAGGGAGGUAAACUGCUGAAGUAAAAAUGUGUAUCGUUAUUAUAAUAUGGAAUGGGAGAGUGCAAAUGAACAAAAAAAGAAAUAAAAACGUUUUGUCGUGUUUGGUUUUAAGGUG